AUGACAUCCACGACUUUUGCGGACUUCGGUGCUAAGACAGAAGCUUCUACUGUCGCGAGUCCCUUUCCUGCUUCUAUCAAAGGUCGUACAAUCCUUAUCACAGGCGUCAAUAAGCGAGGUGUCGGGUAUGCCACGGCCCUCGCAAUAGCCUCGCAGUCUCCACGCACUCUCAUCCAUUCUGGACGCUCCCACGCCAAACUCCAAGAAUGCUUGGAUAGCCUCCGUCCAAAGCAUCCAGACGUCGAUUUUCGCUCGCUCAUCCUUGAUCUAAGGUCCCAGAGGUCGGUCCGAAGGGCGGCCACGGAAAUUCUCAGCUGGGAGGGUGCACCUGCAAUUGAUAUUGCGAUCAACAACGCCGGCAUAAUGAAUGUUCCGGAGCGUAUGCUCACGGAAGAUGGAGUCGAGUUGCAUUUGGCCACCAAUCAUGUGGGACAUUUUCUCUUCACAAAUUUGAUCAUGUCCAAGAUCAUUGUCUCGGUGAAAAGGGCCCACGUCGGUGCUGCGCGGAUCAUCAAUGUCAGCAGCAUGGCCACCAUGGUCUCACUUUUGCGUGCUAGCGACAUCAACUGGGAAAAGUCGACAUCUCAGCUUCCCGAGAAAGAAAAACCCAAUCUUGCCGUCAUGAAAGCAACGGGCAUGAUUGUCGACGAAGAGAUGUCCUAUAUUCCCAUGGGGGCGUACGGACAGGGUAAAACUGCUAACAUUCUCUACUCGGUCGCUCUGAAUGAGGGGCUGUAUGAGAAACAUGGUGUGCUAAGCAUGGCUUUGCAUCCCGACGAGGUGCGGACUGAGCUCCACCGGACCACCGAUUUAGACUGGUUAGAGAAGACGGCCGAGUGGAGGAAAAAGAUGAACGUCGAAUGGAAGACGUUGGAACAAGGAGCUAGUACCGCCUUAGUGGCCGCUCUAGAUCCCCAGUUGGGGAAGCCGAACAGGGAAGGAUAUGGACAAUUCUUGAGUGACUGUCAGAUUGCCACCAUCGUGCCACUCUUAUGGCCUUGA